CAAAAACCCUAGCUGCCUAUAAACUCGUUUAAUUUCUCUGCGCCUCUUCUAUAUCGCGAAACCCUAAAAACUCUAAGACCCUCCAAAAACCUCCACUUCCGCCACAACCAUGCCGCCAAAGUUCGACCCCUCCCAAGUCGUCGACGUCUACGUGCGAGUCACCGGGGGUGAGGUCGGAGCCGCCAGUUCCCUUGCUCCGAAGAUCGGUCCGCUCGGUCUGUCCCCGAAGAAGAUCGGAGAAGAUAUCGCCAAGGAAACGGCCAAGGACUGGAAGGGUCUGCGAGUGACUGUAAAGCUCACUGUUCAGAAUCGGCAGGCCAAGGUCGCAGUGGUUCCCUCCGCCGCUGCUUUGGUCAUCAAAGCCCUGAAGGAGCCGGAGCGGGACCGCAAGAAAACCAAGAACAUCAAGCACAAUGGCAACAUUUCUCUGGACGACGUGAUCGAGAUAGCGAAGAUCAUGAGGCCCAGAUCCAUGGCCAAAGACCUCACUGGGACCGUGAAGGAGAUCCUCGGCACGUGCGUCUCGGUUGGUUGCACGGUCGACGGGAAAGACCCUAAGGACCUGCAGCAGGAAAUCGCUGAUGGUGAUGUUGAGAUACCUCUAGAUUGAUUGUCUUUCGUUUCAUUUUCAGUUUUUUCUACUAUCAGUUUUGGCUCUGUUUUUUUUUUUUUUAAUGAAAAAGAAAAUCUUUUUGGAUGUGUCUCCAAGUUAUAGUUUCAAUAGGGGCAUUGAAUGAAUUCUCAUGAAGGAAAUUUUUGAGUUUGGAUGCCGAGAAUGUAAGCUCUUAUUUUUAGUGUUUCUUUUUUUCUCUCGUGGGAGAUACUGCCUGAUCGUAUAUGUGAAGCUUAAUUUUUAUAAUCCAUUUUGCUAUCGAAAUAUUACUGUUCUUUUCUUCUC